UGUGCAAUCGGACCGUGUAACAUCCUGAGGGACGCGGAGAGCGAGCGGGGCUGAGCUCGGAGCUCCGCGGGAGCCGAGGGGCGUCGUCUGUCUCCCUCAUUCCCCUUUCCCUGUCCGUCCGCCCGCUCUGGGGCUACUUUGUGUGUCCGUCCGCCCGCCCGUCAGGCAGCCCGCCCUCCUCCUCCUCCUCCUCCCCCUCCCCCCUCAGGCUCUCCGCCCCGUCUGCGCUCCCUCUUUCUCGCGCUUUCCCUUCUGCUCCCCUUCCAGAAGAAAAGAAACGGAAAAGGGAAGACUCCCCCUCUCCAAAACGUUAUUUUAAGCCUUUACGCCGGCCUCUCCGACCCCCAGGGAUUCUGCUCUCCUCUGGCCUCGUUGAGGACUAGUCUCUUGAGCCUGUUAAACCCGCCAGCCAACCGCGGCUGGGCUCCUGAGGGAGAGGCUGGCUUUCGCAGCCUCCUAGAGCAGCCCUCGCUGGGAGGCGGUCUCUUUCUGUCUCCGGCAGAGCCCGAGUCUGCGUUUCUCCAUGAAUUGGGCGCCGGUGCUCGGCUUUUAAGUCGGUCCCUGGGCUGCUCUGGCCUGACUUGCCUCGAGCAGGGAGACCUGGGCCCCGCCUCGCUGGGGAGGGGGCUGCUCUGGCCGGUGGGGCGCUUCUGGGCUUCUCCAAUCCAGAGCCCAACCUCUCUGUCUCCGGGGAGCCGCCCUCCCUUUGCCCCGAGCCCGGAGCGUCCCCUCUGGGUUGCCAGGACCGGCCUGACCCCCCUGUCCGGCUGCUGCUGACUCCUUAAUGCCAGAGCGGGGACGGCUCUGCCCCACUUUCUCUCCCCGCUCUGCCCCUCCGCCCAGAGCCUCCGUGCCCCAGAGCGGGGUCCUGAUCCGCCUGCCAGCUCCUCGGGGCUCCGUUUCUUCCUCCCUGACUCUGUGAGCUCAGCAGGACCGUCAUGUCUGUGGCAGGGCUGAAGAAGCAGUUCUACAAAGCCAGCCAGCUGGUCAGCGAGAAGGUUGGUGGGGCUGAAGGAACCAAGUUGGAUGAGGACUUCAAAGAAAUGGAGAAGAAAGUGGACCUUACCAGCAAGGCUGUUACAGAAAUCUUGGCAAGAACGACAGAAUACCUUCAACCUAACCCCGCGUCCCGGGCAAAAUUGACUAUGCUGAACACGGUAUCCAAGAUCCGAGGGCAAGUGAAGAAUCCAGGGUACCCCCAGUCCGAAGGCCUCCUUGGCGAAUCCAUGAUCCGAUAUGGCAAGGAGCUGGGCGAAGACUCCAACUUCGGCGAUGCCUUGCUUGAUGCUGGAGAAUCAAUGAAGCGCCUGGCCGAAGUGAAGGAUUCUCUGGACAUCGAAGUCAAGCAGAACUUCAUUGAUCCCCUUCAGAAUUUGUGCGACAAGGACUUGAAAGAGAUCCAGCACCAUCUGAAAAAGUUAGAAGGGCGACGCUUGGAUUUUGACUACAAAAAGAAACGCCAAGGGAAAAUUCCCGACGAAGAGCUGCGACAAGCUCUGGAAAAGUUUGAAGAGUCCAAGGAAGUGGCCGAGACCAGUAUGCACAACCUCCUCGAGACCGACAUUGAGCAAGUCAGCCAGCUUUCGGCUCUGGUGGAUGCCCAGCUGGACUACCACAGGCAAGCCGUGCAGAUUCUGGACGAGUUGGCGGAGAAACUGAAACGCAGAGUGCGAGACGCUUCUUCACGCCCCAAGCGAGAAUAUAAACCGAAGCCCAGGGAAUCCUACGAAUUUGGAGAGAGCGGUGACCAGUCCAACGGUGGCUUUUCCUGCAACCCGGCUCCCAAAGUCUCUGCUUCCUCCUCUUUCCGAUCUGAAAAACCGUCCCGGACCCCCAGCAGGAUUUUUUCCCCACACCUGGACCAGCCCUGCUGCAAGGCGCUGUACGACUUUGAGCCGGAGAAUGAUGGCGAGCUGGGCUUCAAGGAAGGCGACAUCAUCACGCUGACCAACCAAAUCGACGAGAACUGGUACGAAGGCAUGAUCAACGGCCAGUCGGGCUUCUUCCCACUCAACUACGUGGAAGUCCUCGUCCCACUACCUCAGUGAAACGGCUGCCUUCUCCGUUGCUCCUCCGUCCUCCUCCUCCUCCUCCUCCUCCUCCUCCUCCCCCCUUCCUUGCUGGCCCAAUUCAGGGGCUGCGGGGGGAGCUUUCCUUCCUUACAUUCCGUGUAUGGGGAUACCUGACACUAAUUUCCCUUCCAGGGGGGCUUUUUGGAAAAGGUGCGACUGAGCGGCCCCAGGGGCUGCAGCGAGGCCACGGAGCUCCCUUGGGGUGGGGUGGGGUGGGGUCUGAGAAGCACAGAGGGGCUCCAGCUGGGGCGGACACAAGUGGCGCCAUGGGGGCUGCUUCCAUUGGGCAUAGCCUAGGGAGCUCUGUGCCCAGCUUUGGUUCAGUCUUAUGUUUUUUGUGUGUUUCUGAACACUGCCAGGACCGGGGAAGGUGGCUCACUUGCAGAGUAGAGGUCUGUGGAGACUUUUUGUCUGUGUGUGUGUGUGUGUGUGUGUGUACUGGCUCCAGGCGCUGCGUGAAGCGGCACUCACCUUUGAUAAGAAAACGUGCCUGCCUUUCUACAGGCCGGUUCUGCCUGCCCGUCAGGAGCCCCUUCUCCUCUGUCCGGGCUCUCCUUGGGCUUCUAAAGCAGCUAGACCUCAGUGGGCCUUUCCAGAGCGCUCUGGUUACGAUUCCCAGAAUUCCUAGCCAGCCUCGCCAACCGCUUUCUAGGAAUUGUCAUCAUCCGACCUCUCCGAGGGGCCCCAGGUGGGAGGCUCUGGGAAGGGCUUGGAUCAGAAGGCGUUCCUGGUUAUCCGUGUUUUGGCUCUCGGUGGUCCAGCUUGGGCACUGCGUUCCUCAGGGCACGGCCCAUAAGCCCCACCAGCCUCCACAGCACUGGGGUGUGGUGAGCUGCCUUCAAGCCAUGCCUGGUUGAGGCCAGGGGCUUGUGGGGUGCCUGGAUCCUUAAUCCAGCGGUGCAGGGUGGAAAUUGUGCUCCACCAGCUUUGCAUUCUGUUGAACCCCCCUCUGCAUCCUUCAACCCUUUCCACCACCACCCCGGCAGUCAGCUUCAGUGCACCGUGUCAGAUCCUCAGCGGGUGCGUCCGUUCCUGGCUUCCUGCCUUUCCAGCUGUUCAGGUUAAUUUCAGCACAUCUGCCUACACUACAGACGAGACUGGGAAGCACUUUUCGCCUGUCCCGGCUUCUGCCAAAGAAACUGGGGAGUUGGGGGAGCUGAAGUGCUGAGCCCCGCUGCAAAGCUGCUGCAUCCAUUGCUCGGAGGGGAAGCUGGAGUGACGGGGGCCCUUGCGUUUCUCAACUUGGCCACUUUAAGUUGCGUGGACUUCAACUCCCAG